GAAGAUGCGGGAAAAAUGGUUUAUGCAACUGUUGGUUUAAACAUAGUAAAAAUGGCGUCCUUAAAAGCAGCAAUGAAGAGUGGUCAGAAAACUCAUCGUGAAAGAUCUCAACUUUCUGGAAGAAAACAUCUUGGUUUACUAGAAAAGAAAAAAGAUUAUCUUCUCAGAGCAAAAAAUUUCCACCAGAAAGAAAAUACUCUGAAAAAAUUAAAACAAAAGGCACUUGAAAAAAAUCCUGACGAAUUUUAUUUUCAAAUGAUCAAUCAGAAAACAAAGGAAGGUGUACACGUGCUUCCUCAAAAUGUAAAAAAGUAUACUUCCGAACAGAUUAAGUUGUUGAAAACUCAAGAUUUAAAUUAUUUAAAUAUGAAGUGCAACGUUGAAGCAAAUAAAGUUAAAAAAAUGCAAAGCGAUUUACACAUGAUCGACAUGGCAGACACUCAAGAGAGAAACCAUAUUUUUUUUGUUGACACUAAAAAAGAAUGCAAUGAGUUUAAUGCUGCAGAGAAAUUUGAUACGUUUCCUGAACUUUUAUCUCGAAAACACAACAUUCCAACUAGACAGAUGCUCAUGGAUCCGUCUUCGCAAUUUGUGAAUUCGCAGUCUGAAAAGCAAACUCAGCUUUCUUAUGCAGCAUUAGAGAAAAGAAUUCAACGUGAAGAUAAACUUGUUCAAACAAGGGAAGCAUUAGCUCUCCAACGCCAGUUAAUGGGUAAAGGUACAGUGUCUAAACGCAAAUUUGAUAAGAAAAAACCUACGUACAAGUGGAAAAAGCAGCGAAAACAUUAGACAGUUUUAUCUUUAAUUAAUCAUUAAUAAUUUUGUAUAAAAUUAUAAAAGUUAUAUAUAAUUAUUUA